GGCGGUGGUGCUGAGCGGGGCUCGCCGCGGCCAUGGAGGGCGGCGGCGGCGGCGGCGCGGCGGGGCCGCCCAGCCUCUUCGCGCUCAGCGGCGCGGCGGUGAGCAGCAGCAUGCGGGCCCUGGAGAGGGACGUGUGGGCGCUGCCCGGACACGUCCUGCGCGGCCUCCUGCCGCUCCUCAACGUCUUCUACCUGGAGCGGGCCGAGGGCGCCGCGCGCCGCGCAGGCCUUUCAACGCAGCCAAUUUGGCGCAAGCUCUGGGAUGAUGUGAUGAAGACCAGGCCACCCAACUCAGAGAAUAUAACUUGUUGGAGGAAGAAGUUCCUUGAAACAUUCUUCUCGAACAUUCUUCAUGGUGUCUUGGAUGUUUCUUCUGAUUGGCGUCUCAACGACCAUCAUUUUUCACCAUUGCUCCACAGCUCACAGCACGUUACCCAGCUCACUCUCUGCAACAUGCUGCAGGGGGUGAUUGCGCUCACUGCUGAACACAACCAAAGGGUGCUUGAAAACCUGGCUGGCUCCCUGCGGAUACUGAAGUUUCGGCACCUGCUCACCUCGGACCAAUCUAUCAGACGUUCUCUGUUUUUACUUCUUCACCGGCUGAUUCACCAUGGCUCUGUCAGCCAGGUGUCCAUGUAUUCCUGGCCUGUUCCUGACACAGUUCUUCUCAUUCUCAUUUUGAGCAUGAGUGCUGGGUAUUGGUGCUCGGGAAAGGUGCUUACGUAUCAGAGCAGCCCUUGUGGCUUUUGUACAGAGGACAAUGUCCAAAGCCAGGAGACAACACAAGAGCUGUCAGAAAUGGACCGUUGCUAUGAGAAGGAGCGGAGUGAUGGCGAGAACCAGCAGGCUUCCCUCAGAGCACUCGAGGAGGCUGAUCCUCUAGCAGAGGUGAAUGGACAUGGGGCUGGCACUCCCCAGGGCACAGCCCUCUCUGGACUGAGAAGUCAUCCUUCCCAAAACCUAGUAUGUGAGGAGGGAAGUGGUGAGGCAUCCUGUGACCCCAUCAGUGUUAAAGAACCCCUUGGGGGUUCUUCUCAUUGUCUCUCAAAAAGGCAGUCCUGUCGCCCCAUUCUUCGAAAGCCGCGUAGACGUCUGAAAUCUGCAGUAGGGAGGAGACGCCGCUGCCCCAGACGAAAUAGGGGGACAUAUGAUGACCCAGAAGACCUUUAUGAUUUUGUUUUUACUGUUGCUAGAGAGAAUACUUCAGAAUUACUGUAUGAAAACAGUGUCACAGAAGGAGAAAAUACUGAUAACUGUACUAGUUCCUCCACAGGAUCUCCAUGCUCCAGCAGGGCUCGUUGUAAGAAGAGAAGAGGAUCUGCUGGGAACUUUUCUCUGAAAACUGCUCACCGCUUCCGAAGUGUGUCCACAUUGGAAUUGUUCUCCGUUCCUUUGACUGGGGAUGCAUGUCGGACUCUGAGUAACUUGCUGAGCUCCUGGGUGUCGUUAGAAAACUUGGUUCUGUCUUACAAUGGCCUGGGAGAUAACAUCUUCUGCAUCCUGUCUGGGCUCCGGGCCCUCUCCCGCCACUCAGACUGCUGCCUCCACGUGGUGCGUGUGAGCGACGUGUUCUCCCACAUGCCUUGCAUGGACCUUGUUCGCUGCAUCCUGAGUGCCUUUCCCCGGCUCCAUACGCUCUCAGUCAGCUUCGAUCUCAAAAACCAGCUGGAGGGGAACAGGCCAGAAGGGAAUCCAAGCUGCACUGAGGUAGAAAUCUCAGAAUGCUGCCUAGAGCAGCUGGAAAUCCGAUUCCCCAGGGAACCGCUGCACACUGCAUUCCUGCUGCCAGUGCUGAGGGCAUCAAGGUCUCUCCAGCAGCUGUCCCUUGACAGUGCUGCACUGCCCUGUCCUCAGGAGCUUGAGCACCUUUUGCAGGCGCUCAAAGAGUGCAAUCCAAACUUGAAGAAACUGAGCUUUCACGAUGUGAACCUGGCUGAUCACCAGAAGGAAGUUCUGCUUUUGCUUCAGGAUCCCGUCCUGCAAGAAAUUACAUUCUCCUUUUGCCGGCUGUUUGAAAGUUGCACCACUGAAUUUUUGUCGGAAAUAAUCAGUACAGUGAAGAGAAACUCAUCUCUGAAGAGCCUCAAACUGCCUGGGAACCGCCUUGGGAAUCACAGGCUGGUUGCCCUUGCAGACAUUUUCUCUGAAGAUUCCUCCUCUUCUCUUUGCCAGCUGGAUGUCAGCUCAAAUUGUAUCAAACCUGAUGGGCUCCUGGAAUUCACAAAAAAGCUGGAAGGCCACAUCCAGCAGAGAAGGGGACACAUUAAAUUCACCCACCUCAGACUCUUUCAAAAUUGGCUGGACCAGGAUGUUGAAACAGCUCAGGAAGCGCUUCGGCGUCUCAAAGCUGUGUGCAGCGUGGUCAAUGACACGUGGGACUCCUCCCAGGCCUUUGCUGACUACAUCAGUGUCAUGUGAUGGACACAGGAAAAGGAAAACUGAUCAGCUGGUACAAAAACAGUUCAGUCCAUGGCCAACAACAUUUAUUUCAUAGCACUGGUGAGAUUUUUUUUCCCCCAGUCCAAGCAGGGUACACAGUGUUUCUUGUCACUUCUCUGUUGAUUUGAAGAGGAGGUGCUGCUGUGAAGAUCUGAUGGAUCAACAGGUGUAGUUCAGAGUUGUCUAACACCCCCCUGUUCCCCAAUGAGCUACUUAAACUGAGACAGACACUUCAAAUAAAAUUCUGUGACACCCUGCAGGUCUCUGAACAAGCAGUUAAUUUCACUUAGUUAAGAAUUUAUUGCAGCCAAUUUCUUAUAAAUAAGAACUCCUCCCUCCACAUAAAAGGAGUAGAAAAGCUAAAUGAAGACCCGAGCCUGGACCUUAUAUUUGGGAAAACUUCGUUAAAAAAAAAUUACAUCACAAGUAACCUGCUGUUUAUUUGCAAUCAUUAAUCAGUGUCUGAGACAAGAAUUAUUCUUGCCUCUACUCUGUGUCUGCACUCAUUUUACAGAAGUUUUGAAUAGUUUGUUCUUUUACAAUGUUUUUAUAAUAAAAGUAGAAUUAA